GCGGGGAGAGGUGGCCAGGGAAUGGCCGGGCCGGGGGUAGGCGGGAGCCGCCGUGGCGGUGGCUGCGACGGCUGGGGGCGCUGAGCGCGGCGUGGGGCGGCCCCUCCGCGGAGGCGGUGGGGGUGGCCGGGCCGCACCGCACGGCCCGGCGGCUAUGGAGCGAGCCUAGGGCCCCGCAGGAAUUGUGGGAGUCACGUGAGUGAAGAAAUGCACCAGUGUGUCUAGUCAUGGGAUCUCCUUGCUGACCACCACCACCACCUGCUCUCCGACACGCGAGAGAGAGUGGGGCGGGCGGAGGACAAGAGGCCAACAUGAAGCUGAAGCAGCGGGUUGUGCUGUUAGCAAUCCUCCUCGUCAUCUUUAUCUUCACCAAAGUUUUCCUGAUUGACAACUUGGACUCGUCAGCUGCCAACCGGGAGGACCAGAAGGCUUUCCACCGGAUGAUGGCUGGCCUGCGGGUGGAGCUGGCGCCCAAGCUGGAGCACACCUUGCAGUCUCCCUGGGAGAUCGCGGCCCAGUGGGUGGUUCCCCGGGAAGUGUACCCCGAAGAGACACCAGAGCUGGGGGCGAUCAUGCAUGCCAUGGCCACCAAGAAAGUCGUAAAAGCUGAUGUGGGUUAUAAAGGGACACAGUUGAAAGCCUUACUGAUACUUGAAGGAGGACAGAAAGUGGUCUUCAAACCUAAGCGGUACAGCCGAGACUACGUGGUGGAAGGGGAGCCCUACGCUGGUUAUGACAGACACAACGCAGAGGUGGCAGCCUUUCACUUGGACAGGAUUCUGGGUUUCCGCCGAGCCCCCUUGGUGGUCGGCAGAUUCGUCAAUCUGCGGACAGAGGUCAAGCCAGUCGCCACGGAGCAGCUCCUGAGCACCUUCCUCACCGUAGGAAACAAUACUUGCUUCUACGGGAAGUGUUACUACUGCCGAGAAACGGAGCCGGCUUGUGCCGACGGAGACACCAUGGAGGGGUCUGUCACGCUGUGGCUUCCAGACGUGUGGCCGCUGCAGAAGCACCGACACCCUUGGGGCAGGACGUACCGAGAGGGCAAGCUGGCCAGGUGGGAGUACGACGAGAGCUACUGCGAUGCUGUGAAGAAGACGUCCCCCUACGACUCUGGCCCCCGUCUCCUGGACAUCGUGGACACCGCCGUCUUCGAUUACCUGAUCGGCAACGCCGACCGCCAUCACUACGAGAGCUUCCAGGACGACGAAGGCGCCAGUAUGCUCAUCCUCCUGGACAACGCCAAAAGCUUUGGGAACCCUGCCCUGGACGAGAGGAGCAUCCUGGCCCCGCUCUAUCAAUGCUGCAUCAUUCGAGUGUCCACCUGGAACAGACUGAACUACCUGAAGAACGGCGUACUGAAGUCUGCCUUAAAAUCCGCCAUGGCCCACGACCCCAUCUCCCCCGUGCUCUCCGAGCCUCACCUGGACGCCGUGGAGCAGCGGCUCCUGAGCGUCCUGGCCACCGUGAAGCAGUGCACUGACCAGUUUGGGACGGACACCGUGCUGGUGGAGGACAGGAUGCCUCUCUCCCACUUGUAACUCACCACGCAGAGUAACUGACACUUCUUUUCACGAAGAUAGAGAAACAGCACAAUCAAUUCCAAAGGUGCAUUGGAGGUGGCCGGCAGCAGGUCCUGGAGAUAGGGAACAGGGUGGCCUUGCAUUUCUUUGGUGUUUUCCGUCACAGAAGCUAAAGAAGGACCGUAAGCUUCAGGCCACGGAAACGUCCCUGCGGAAUCACCGGACCUCCCCGCACUCGCCCACUCUGGCAGCGGGUCGCGGCUGGUCAGGCUUACCUUCUCCUGCCGGAGGACAGGCAGGAGUGACGUCGGCACAGGUCGAUGCCGGAUCGGUUCUGGAGGGUGUAUUUUGAGUUAUCCUUAGAGUCCUUUCGCCGCACCUGUGGAUUUCCCGAGAAUACUUUGCAGACUCUCAAGUCCUUUUUUACCAGGACUAGUGACACUGGGAAUUUCACUGCGUCCACAGGAGCGGCAGCAAAUGAGCCUGGCACUGCGUGGAGCCGGAGGAGCAGGCUGGGGGGGUGGCAUCUGGGACAGAGGGAGCGGGGAGAGCAGAACCUGUUUGGGCUGUUCAGCGAUUAGGUGGUCGUGCUUCUGAGGGUGCAUAGAGGCAGGGAGAGGGGCGAGAGAAGGCAGACUGGCACCAGGGGGUGGCCGAGUUAGUGACAGCAGGUUCCCCUGUGUUCCGGUCCUUAAGGUGUGUAAAAGCUAACGCGACUCCUACCUAAGCAAGGUCUGCAUUUUCACAGUUGUGUUUAAAUUAACCAAAAAGUUGUCUCCAGAGAACUUAUUGUUACAACCCAAGCACUAUUAUUCUCUUAUGGAGACUUAGUUUUUCCCUUUUGCCUAGAGGAGAGAGACCCCUUCCGAGUUAACGAAGCAGACAAUGUCUUGAGUGGGGGUUAGCGUGCCCGUGAUCUUGGCCGUCCUGGUUUCUCGUCCGAGAUGGUUUCCACCUCUGCUGCUAAGGCCUGCGAAGCUGCUCUUCCCCAGAGAGCGGCCGUCCGGACCGUGCCUUCUGGGGAGAGAGCCGGCUCCCUCUGACCGACGGUGGUGUGUGUCCCCCUGCGUCCGGGCCUGUCUUAGGGCUCGAGCCAUGUGGGCAGCUGGAAAUAGGGAGUGAAGCCUUCCGAGCCUUAAAACGAGGGGGUUGUGCCAGGAAGAGCCUUAAGAUUUUGAUUUAUGUCAAACCCUAGUUCAUCAUCUCGGCUUGUUUGGAGUUUUGAACCCAUGUUCUUUCGUCUGUUGUUAGCGCUCUCAAAUUUCAGGUUGCAAAAACUCAGGCUUAGUUCUGGGUUCCGGCAAAGAGGCUGUGACGAGUAAGCGGUCAUAAGCAGUCAGACACGGGGACGGCAGGCCUGGCGUGGCCCCCCGCACGUGUCCUCGUCCCUCGUGGUGUCGGGCGCUGCUCCGGUUCUGUGCAUCUGCCGGGCAGGGACCCGUGUUGGGUGUCGUGGUUGAAUACGCGGUGCCAGCCCCGGAGGCAGGCCAGGCCUGGUCAGCCACCCUUUGAAAGGCCGUUUGGCAUUGAGUGGUAACUGCACGUCCUGUGACUACUUCAAAAAAAAACGUGAGAUUAGGACACUUUUGUACUUUGUAUGUACAUUUUGAGAUGUACACGAGUGUGGGCUGAGUCAUCGGGAAAGGUUUUGAAUUUAUGAAGACAAAUCAGCACAAAGCACUGAACUAGGGUCAGCAAAAGGAGGCCUCGGUUCCCGCUGUAAGGCCUGUGCCCAGAAUCCCCCGCAGAGCAGGGGCGGGGCUCCCUGGAGAGGGUGCCGCCGGCUCGCUCUCCCCGUGGUGAUGUUGGCUGAACCAGGUACCGGUCAGCGUUCUCCCGGCACGGGGCCUGUUUCAGUUUGCCGCGCUGGAGGGGGUCAGAGCCGGUCUCAGCCUGGGCGCCUCGUUGCUGAUGUCCAAGGCAGGACGUCCGCAGAGGGAAAGAGCAGGAGGGAGAGCUGGUCUGAAGAGGCCUCCUCCUUCAAAACAUUGCCGAAAAUGAGUAACUUCAUUCUCUUUCCCUGCUGUUUAAAAAUUCUUGCUCUUCAAAGGAGUUCCGAUCUGUAGUGGUUAAAGUUAGGGUUUUCCAAAUGACAUUGAGAAUAUGAGUUUAUAUUCAAAGUCAGGAUCAGAUUAAGCAAGAAAAGUAUGUUUCGGUGAAUCUGGAAGAAAACCAGCCAUAAACAUCAAGCCAUGAAAUUUACAAACACUAUGUUUUGAUGGAAAAAACAGGUAGAUAUCUUUCCAAAAGUUCUCUAACUCUUCUUCUUCCGGUUGAUUUAUUAGAGUCUCGCACCAUUACAGUCAGGUCAGUGGAAGGGUUUUGGGCCCGAAGCAGGGUGCGCUUAGCAGCCUCUGCAGGUGGGCGCAGAUACAUUUUAAUGUUACGGAGCCAGGAGGGUCAGAGUCCUUUUGUCUUCCUGCUUUUCAAAUAUGUUUAUGCCUGAGUUUGAGAGGGGAAACUGCGAGGGGAGAGGUUUCAUUCCAAAACUGCUCUUUAACAGGAGUCUAUAUGGUGGGUUUGGACAUAAGUAACAAUCUGUGCAAAACAAACUAGUAGACGGGACCCUGUCGUUCAGUGAUGUGUCACAAGGCAAGUCCCCCGUCGGCACCGGGGUCAGCGUGCCGAGUGAGGACGGAGGAGGAGGUGAGAGAAUUGGGGUGCAUCUACUGCAUAUUAUUUUGGGAAAGAUGAAUCCUAUACGUGGCAGCUUUUCAUUGUUACCUGAUGGCAACACGUUCCUCCAAAGAAAUCCAUCUUAUCUCUUUAAGAGAAGAGAAAAAAGGCUUUCAGCCCCCCCUUCCCAUCCGCCACACUCCUCCAGCCCCGCUCGCCGUGGUCUCGGUAUGUUCACGUCUGACGAGAAAACCAAACCUCAGUGAUGGUGAGCUCUCUCCUGCAGGCCGUCCUGUGAGCCUGAGCUUCAGGAAACGCGAGUAAAGGUGUAUGUGUGUAUAUAGUCAUAGAUGUAUUCUAGCAAGAAGAAACGUAUUUAUUUUGACACAGGAAACACUGAUUUACGUUGCCGAAGAACUCGAAGCCAGUGAAAGGCCCUCCUCUCAGGUUCUGAGCCGGACCCCAACCCCGAGGGCCCAGAGCCCAUCUGGUCAGCAAAGCCCGCAGCCCCGAGCAGCCCCGGGGAGCUUGCCCCGCCAGGCACUUGCCCUCGGACGAGCCGAGAGGCCCAACUUCACGCACCGUCUGAUGCAGGGAAGGCCAGUUCUCACCCUGAUUCCUCAAGUCUGGGUCGAAGUGCUGCGGGCUGGGGACUACUGCCACAGGUUGUAGGGAACUAAGGGGUUGCAGGUACCGGGUGUUGGGAACUGGGAAUAGUAGAGUGGGGAGCUAGUUUAUUUGCUGAAAUGGGAAGCGUCAGACCUGCCCCGUCUGUUCCAGUCUGCCGGGAUCUCCUCUCCGAGCCGUUGCACAGAGAUUAUGCUUGUACGUCACCCAGGGAGAUGGGCGUGCACCCAAGUCUCCAACGUGCUCUGGGUUCCAAUUCUGGGGAAAAAACGAAUAAAGAUUUUAAGUAUUGA